AUGGUGCUGCUGUCGCGCGUGCCGCUGUUCAACACGCUGAAGGGCGUCCUGCAGGCCAUCUACGAGGGCGCGCUGUUCCUGGGGCUGGAGCGGCCCUUCUCGGAGGUGGUGCAGUCGCUGCUCUGCAUCCGGCUGCCGGACUCGUACAGCAAGAGGUACUCGCUGGAGCUGGGGCCGUGCCGCCGCCCGCUGCAGCUGUGCGUGCCGCCGGACUCGGCGCCGUCGCUCGCGGAGCUGUCCUUCCAGCCGCUACUGUCGGCGCUGACCCCGCGCACGCUGCUCAAGGUGUACUCGGCGCUGCUGGUGGAGCAGCGCGUGCUACUGCGCGCCAAGUCCUACACGCUGCUCACCAUGGCCGCCGAGGGCCUCCGCGUCCUCCUGCACCCCUUCGCGUGGCACCACCACGUCUACGUCCCCGUGCUCCCAGCCUCGCAAGUGGAGCUCAUCGAGGCGCCCACGCCCUACCUCAUGGGCCUCGACGCCUCCGUCCCGCUGCACGGCAUACACACGGGCGAGACGCUCAUCGUCGACCUCGACGCCGGCGAGAUCGCGUCCCCGGGCCCCGCGCCCAUCCCGGGCCCCCCGCCCGCCGUGGCGCAGGCCCUCAUCACGCGGCUGCACGAGCUCGUCCGGCCCGAGCUGUGCGACCUCGACCUCCCGAAGUCGUACGCCACCGGCCGCGUCGUGCGUCUGGCGCGCGCCCCGUGGGGCCCGCAGCACGACUUGGAGGUCGCGCGCGCCUUCAUGGACCUGGUCACCGACACCCUCCGCGGGUUCGAGGCGCACGUGUCGCUCGACGAGAACGGGUCGCCCGUCGUCGCGUCAGACUUCCUCGCGCUGCGCGAAGAGGAGGGCGAGCCGCUCCCGCUCCUGCGCGGCCUGCUUGAGUCGCAGCACUUUCUAGCACUGGUGCACGAGCACUGGGGGCACAUCGAGGCGUUCCGCAGGCGGCGGGAGCAGCUCGCGUCGGCCGCGGCCUCGGUCGGCAACGCGGACCCCUCCCGGAUCCCCUCGCGCUUCCCGUCGCACGCCGUAGACACCAGCGACUCGGGGAGCGGCAUCACCGAGGCCCCGGGGGCCGGCGCCGCCGCCCCGUCCGCGGCGCCGAGCCUCGAAAGCAACCUUGUGGAACCGAUCGUUGCGCCGACGGCGUCCGCGACGACGGCAGGCCCCCCCCCGCCGCCCCGGGUGGUGGCGAACGACCUGCUGCAGCUGUGGAACAGCGCGGCGCACCUGGGCAAGUGGCAGGACCUGCAGGCGCGCAGCACCGUGGAGACCGUGUCGCCGCUGGCGCCAGCGCCGCGCUGGCUAUCGCCCCCGCACGGGUACUGGUACGAACAUCUGCCGCGCAUCAGCCGGCUGGCACAGACGGGCGCGGCGCUGUCUGGCCGCCGCGCGCCGAAGACGCGGCGGUCGCGGCGCGGUGGCGAGCUGACGGGGCCCCUGGGGACGGUCGUGGAGGGCCAGCCGUCGCGCGGGCUAGCGGCGCCGGACCGCGAGACGUCCCUGAUCUCCUCGCACAGCGUGGGCAGCCUUGCGUCGCCCGAGGGGUCGCACGGGCACGCGUCGGCGCCAAAUACGGUCCCCGGGAUGCAGAUGUUCGGCCUCGGGCCCAUCAUCGAGCACUGGGUGUCGUGCUCGUCCAACGCCGACCAGGUCAUGCACCUGCGCGCCCUCAUGACCGCGCAGGAGCCGCGGAAGCCCACGCGCGUCCUCCGCGAGCUCGCGGACCGCGCCCGCCGCGGGCAGCUCCUGCAGAAGCCCGUGCACCCCACUAUCUUCCCCGCCGUUGAGGAGCUCGUCGCCUCGACCGCGCGCGCCGCCCUGGACACUGAGGACUGGGAGGCGCUGUACGACACGAUGUCGCUGGGCAGCACGCUGCACACGGUGCACCGGCCGCACGGCACGCCGCUCGGUCCGGACGCGGACGUCGUCGGCGCGCGCAGCAGCCUGCCGGGCGUGCGGCGGUACGCCCUGGCGCGGAUGCGGCACCAGGCGCCGUGGUUCCGCGAGGUGCUGUGGGAGUGCCUGUUCGACGUCGGGCAGGAGUUUGUGUCGUCCUGGGCCGGGCAGCGCGCCGAUGCGCUGCCGCCGGACCUGCUCGUGGUGAACGCGCUGAUGCUGUCGCGCUGGAUGAUCCUGGUGGGCCUGACCGCCAACCAGGCAUGCCGGCUGAUCACUGCGCUCGUGAAGCGACGUGAGGUGCACUCGCGCAAGCCGUCGCCGCCCGCGAGCCGGGGCAGCGAGGGCGAGGACGCGGACGGCCCGGACAUGGCGCCGGACCACGCGGUGCUGCAGAAGGUGCACGACAGCAUCGCCUACCACGAGGCGCUGGAGCGGGCGCGCGACGCCAUCAUCGGCGCGUACCGGUGCUCGCGGCACCCCUCGCGCGCCGCGCAAGACGCCCAGAGCGACGUCAGGCCGGCGUCCCCGACCUCCUCGGUGUCGGAGCUCACGUCGAUGGUGCUCCCCAACGCCACCGUGCCAACGGCGCCUACCGUCGACCUGUACGGCGCCGCCGUGUCCUCCACGCGCGCCUCGCCGGCGGGCCGCGGCCUGCGCGGCAGCUCGUUCACCCGGGAGGCGCCGUUCUCCGGGGGCUCGUUCCGCAACAACACUCGCAGCACGCUGCUCGACCUGGGCGCGAGCGAGCGGGCGCUCACGCCGAGCCCGACGGCGGCGCAGGCGGAGCGCGGGGGCAAGCACCGGCGCGGGGAGAGCCACAGCUGGAUGAUCGACGAGGAGAUCCUGAUGCCGGGGGACAUGCAGAAGCUGGAGAACGAACUGGGCAUGUCGAACGACCCGCGGGACUUCUCGGGGCGCCCGCAGAACGGCCCCAUCCUGGGCUGGGAGGGGGGCUCGCUCGACACCGAGGUCGGGUUCGAGUGGACCGUCAGCUGCGUUCCGAGCGCCCACUCCCAGGCCGUGGUGUCGCUGGACGCGAAGAACAACCACGUGGUGUCGUGCGGUGGGGACCAGCUGGUGAAGCUGUGGGCCGCGUCGGAGGGCGGCAUCCUCGAGCCCGCGUCGCGCCUCGACGGCGGCGCGUCGCGCAUCUCCACCGUCCGCCUCGCGCCCGAGGGGUCGUGCGCCGUGGGGGGCGCGCAAGACGGCUCCCUCCUGGUGUGGGACACCGGCUCGGCCUCGCGCCGGGUGCGCCUUGUGGGGCACUCGGGCUCCAUCACGUGUCUACACUGCUCCUGGUCGGGCAUCCACGUGCUGUCCGGCAGCGAGGACUGCACCGCGCGGUUCUGGGACUCGAGGACCUCGCAGGGCCUGAUGGCCACCCUGCGCUGCCACCGCGCGCCGGUCACCGACGCGCGCCUGCACAUGACGACGACGACGGCCGUGACGGUUUCGCGGGACAACUCCGUGGCGGUGUGGGACCUGCGGCGCCCCGACGACCCGCGGAUGGUGCUCCGCGGGCACACCGACGCGGUGACGCACGUGGAGCUGCUGGAGGGCCCCGCGGGGCUGUCCGCCGCCACCGGCAGCCGCGACGGCACGGUGCGCAUCUGGGACCUGAACAGCGGCGUCGAGAAGGCGCAGCUGGCCGGUGGCGGCGGCCCCGUGUCGGCGAUGAGCGCGUGCCCGCUGGAGACGCAGUGGGUGGUGGUGGCGGGCUUCUCCACGGCCUCGCACCAGAGCAUCCGCUUCUGGGGGCAGCCGAAGCAGGCGAGGGACGCCGAGGAGGACGUGGCGAAGGAGGAGUGGCCCUGCAUCCACGCGUCGUCGUCGCCCGGCGUGGACCCCGCAGCGGAGCCCCACAUCUGCUUCGCUGCCGCUCGGCCCCACUGGGCGGUGACAGCCAACGCGGGGAACUUCGCCACUGUCUGGGUCGUGCCGGGACCGGACAUGCCGCCGCAGGGCCAGGUCGUGGCCGACGCGGCGCACCUCGCGAACGUCACGUGCGCGGCCUUCGACCCGGAGCCCGGGCUGCUGGUCACGGGGGGGAGCAAUGGGGCCCUCUACAGCUGGACGGUUGUGGCCCAGGACGACGCCGACGACAACGACGCGCUGCCGGACUCCUCCACGUCGACGGAGUCCAGCUUGUACUAG